GGCAUUUGAUGCUCUCAUGUAAAGACACCUUACACAUAACCUGCGAAUGCAUCUCCAAAAUCUACGCUCCAUUAGUAUGAAUAUGCCCAUGCUGUUGAUCUAUGUCUACUAUGGUCCAUUUAUACCAAGAUAUCUAAUAUUUCUACGGUCAAAUAUAAUCAAAUAGUUCGUUGUGUAUUCUGUUAUGUUUGUAGACUUUAAUCCGAUUUAUCAAUUUAUUAUAAUAAUAUAAAAUAAUAAAUAUAGUUUAAUGUUGAUGUUAUCAAAAAUGAAUUUAUUGAGGAUGUGCUUUAUGAGUUUUAUUAUAUUUCUUCUAAUCUUAGUUAAUAUUAUCAACAGUGAAAAAAUUAUAAAAAAGCUUACAAUGUCCGCAAUAUCUAAGGAUAUUUUCAAUGAAGAAGAAAGUAAGGUUCUUAUAGAUGAAAAGGAUGGCUCUGUGGAAGUAAAUGCUGAUACAGUAAAUACAGUAAAUAUUACUGAAACUGUCUCAAAUAAUACUAUUAAAGUUAAUUGCUCAUCGGAAAAAAUUUAUGGUCCUGUUGAGAUUGUUAAUGCAACAAGACUCAUGGAAUUAUUAAUUCUGGAUCCUGGACCAUCAAAUCGCUCCAGAAAUGAUAAAGAUGGUAAACAGUUACCAGGAACAUGUGUUUUAGUGUUAUUUUAUGCCAGAUGGUGCAUAUUCAGUAGUCAAGCUGCACCACAUUUUAAUGCUAUACCUCGUUCAUUUCCUUAUAUUAAAACUGUAGCUAUUGAUGCUAUAAAACAUCAAAGCUUUAAUGCUCAAUAUGGGAUUGUUGGAGUUCCAACAUUGAUGUUGGUUCACAAUGGAAAACCUGUCGCCAAAUUUAAUGAUACAAUUUAUACUCUGGAAUCAUUUGCCAAGUUUGUAUCUCACUUGACAAAUCUGCAGCCAAAUGGCUCAUUAUAUGUUACUUCAGCAGACUUUACAGGACCAGUUUCGAGCACACCUUCCAAUGAAAUGGAUUAUUGUUUAGUAUUAUCAUGGAUUUUUAUAGUCGCUUGUGUGCUGUAUUUCACAUCACGCAGCAGAUGGUGGCAACAAUUUGUUGAACUUAUUCAAAAUACUUGGCUCGAAAGUAAUGCGGAACAUGAACAUGUUGAUUAAACAGAUUUUAAUCAGAUCAUUAAUUAUUCAAUUAUUUAUUUAUCAAAAUUUUGUAAACAUGUAAAUAAAAUAAGAAAAAUAAAUAUAUAAAUAUUAAGAAA